UCACCACAUCGGAGCACUCCACCGUUUGCACGCACGAUUGCUCCACCUCUCCCUCCCCUCCACCUCUCCCCUCUCCUCUUUCAACUCGAGAGUCCUUUUCCGGCCACCAUCUUAUCGCCAACAUCGUCAUCGCCACCGUCUCAGUCUCCUCCGCCAUCCUAUUCCUCAUCCUAACCUACUACACCGUGCUCGUGAACCGCCGCCGCCGCGGCGACAUCCCCGACGCCGGCGACGGCUUUACCUCUGAAUUGGGAGAUGGUGAGGCCGAUUACCCAGUGUGGCACGUUCGCACCGUCGGGCUGGACGAGUCUGCAAUCAAUUCCAUCUCCCCGAAACCCUACGUCUCCGGCGCUGGUACCGCUGCGGAUUGCUCGGUUUGCCUCGGGGAUUUCUGUGAGGGUGAGCUUGUCCGUAUACUUCCCGCCUGCGGGCAUGCUUUCCAUGUCUCAUGCAUUGAUACGUGGCUCCGAGCUCACAUUAACUGCCCUCUUUGCCGGGCCAAAAUCAUUGAUCCCGAUGUCGCUGCAGCCUUCGAAGAAGGCGAUUUCGGCCCCGUUGUUAGGGCUUUGGAAGAGUUAGAAGAGGAGGAAGGUGUGGAUGUUAUUGAUACUGCUUUGGAUUGCAUUGAGAGCUCCAGACUUCGAGAUCGAGGUGGUUUGCCAGAAAUUGUGUCAGGGGAGCAGUGGCGGUCCGAUCUACUAGGUUCAUUUCUGGCAAGUGAGUUAUCUUCUAGAAUGGAUCGUGAGAGAUCUGAGGAUGGGGGUCAUCUAAACGGGGCAAAGCAGCGCAGCAGUUUUAGCGAUGAACGUCAACAAAAAAAAGCAUUAGAUUAUGGAGGAGGAUCUACCUCUGGCAGUGGAAGAAUAUUCUUCUUUUCAAUAUAUGGAAGAUCACGCAGUAGCUCAGUUCUUCCAGUGUGACUGAGAAUUGGUGACUCAGCUUUUGUG